AAUAUGGUGAUCAGUAAGUCUCCUUUCAUAGCUUUGGUCUUCUCUCUUCUCCUUUCUUUUGGGUUGCUCUGUUCUGGUGUCAGCGCCCAUGGCAGAAAACAAUAUGAGAGUGAUCCUCAGAGGAAAUACGAGGAGUGUCAAGAACGGUGUGACCAGAAACAACAGGGGCAGAGAGAGCAGCAGCAGUGCCAGCGAAAAUGCUGGGAGCAAUAUAAGGAACAAGAGAGAGGCGAGCACGAGAAUUACCAUCAUCUAAAACAAAGCAGGAGCGAAGAAGAAGAAGAAGGGCAACAAAGAAACAAUCCUUACUAUUUUCCUAAAAGAAGAUCAUUCCAAACUCGAUUCAGGGAUGAAGAGGGCAACUUCAAGAUCCUCCAGAGGUUUGCUGAGAACUCUAGUCCACUCAAGGGCAUCAACGAUUACCGCUUCGCCAUUUUCGAAGCAAAUCCCAACACUUUUGUUCUUCCACACCACUCUGAUGCUGAGGCAAUUUACUUCGUGACAAAGGGAAAGGGGACAAUUACGUUUGUGACUCAUGAAAACAAGGAGUCCUAUAAUGUACAGCGUGGAACUGCAGUCAGCGUUCCUGCAGCAUGCACUGUUUACGUGGUUAACCAAGACAAACAAGAGAAGCUAACCAUAGCCGUGCUCGCCCUGCCUGUUAAUACUCCUGGCAAAUAUGAGGUAUUCUUCCCCGCUGGAAAUAAUAAACCUGAGUCAUAUUACAGAGCCUUCAGCUAUGAAGUUCUUGAGGCCGUCUUCAAUACACAAAGAGAGAAGCUGGAGAAGAUCUUUGAGGAACAGAGAGGGCAGGAGGGGCAGCAGGGUAUGUUCCGGAGAGCCAAACCAGAGCAGAUAAGAGCACUGAGCCAACAAGCUACUUCGCCAGGGCAGAGAGGCGGGGAGAGUCUUGCCGUCAAUCUAUUUAGCCAAUCGCCUGUCUACUCCAACCGAAACGGACGCUUCUUUGAGGUUUGUCCUGAGGCCUUCAGUCAAUUUCAGAACAUGGAUGUCGCUGUUGCAGCCAUCAAACUGAAUCCGGGAGCAAUAUUUGUGCCACACUACAAUUCUAAGACCACAUUUUUGGUGCUUAUCACGGACGGAUAUGGGUACGUUGAAAUGGCUUGCCCUCAUCUCUCCAGACAGAGCCAGGGAUCCCAAAGUGGAAGGCAAGACAGAAGAGAACAAGAAGAAGAAGAGUCAGAAGAUGAGACAAUUGGAGAAUACGAGCAGGUCAAAACCCCAUUGUCACCUGGUGACAUCUUUGUAGUUCCGGCAGGCCAUGCAGUUACGUUCUUUGCAUCCAAAGACCAGCCACUGAAUGCAGUUGCGUUUGGACUCAACGCCCAGAACAACCAGAGAAUUUUCCUUGCAGGGAAAAAGAACAUGGUCAGACAAAUGGAUAGCGAGGCAAAGGAGUUAUCAUUUGGGGUGCCAUCGAAAUUGGUAGAUGAUAUAUUCAACAACCCGGAUGAGUCGUAUUUCAUGUCUUUCUCUCAACAGAGGCAGCGUGGAGAUGAAAGGAGGGGCAAUCCCUUGGCCUCAAUUAUGGACUUUGCCCGCUUGUUCUAA